AUGAUCCAAGAUGUUCCUACGAUUGCCGAGCAGGGGAAUCCGCAGGCUCAUCGAGGGCAACAUCUGCUACCUAGACUGCAAGACGGAAGUCUCCGCCCACAAGGUCCUCUCCUCGCCGUGGGCCUUCCGCGAGCUUCACGAGGUGUCAUGCACAAGAACUGGGCUCCGCUUGCCGGAGGCGCUGUACACGGCGCUCUGUCCAUGUGUGUCCGCCCUGCACGGCUGCAUGCGACCAUGGUCAGCGUGGAAGCACCGAAGCCGGACGAGUUUCGGUUCCGCUGCAUCCCCGACACGCGGGUCGACCACAAAGAAGUCUUCGUCACUGCCGUCGACAUCGGGUUUCAUACUCGAAACCACGAUGGACGUGGGCCAGAGCAAGAUUUUCGUUUGGGCGGGUCAGCAAUGAUCUUCGUGGGAGCCGGCACUCAGAUCAGCAUGGCUGCUUUGGAUUGA